GAAAGCUAUUAGCGGCAAAAGUGCGGUUAUAACAGCCCUUUGAGGAUGUUAAUCCCGAAACUUCACGAUGAAGAAUCCGCAUUAUCGGGUUUAGGUUCCAAAAAGAGGAGAGAAACUAAAAAGAGACCAACUUGAAACGUAUUAGGGUGUUUCAUGCACUUGGCUAUGGAGGUCGCGUGUGGUAUUUUUAGCACUUCAUUCCUCAAGUUCUUUCUUUGGGUACAUUUGGCAAGCCGCAUAGAAGGCCGAGUCAAUGAAGCCCCGUGGGCGAUAUUCAAGUCUUUAUUAAUGUAUUACUUCUAUAGAUUACAUAUAUAUAUAGAUAACAUGACGUGCUCCUCUAUGGAAUUAUUGUUUGGAAGCAUUUAACCAUCCCUACCAUUCGUCGACGAGAAAAUACUCGAGGUAGGCCUCUCCAGCCUCUGUUCU